AUGAGAAAUACAGAAGAGAAAAUGCUGGCGUACGAAGAAGUAAAAGAGCGUCUGGAAAAAUACGUACAGGACACAAAAUGCACACAGAUGGAAACUAUGAAAUACGUCGUGCAAUCAGUGAUCAAUAGGCCACAUGCGCCUGUGAAGCUGAAGGAGAAGCUGCUCGCGUUUGGAGUUACAGAGUUUGAGGCUGUCCAGCUGCUGAAUAAUCCUCCAAAAAAAAUACUCGACCUGUACAUUAUAGUGGAAGAGCUGGAAGAGCGUCUUUCUGAAGAGAGCAUAGGAGAAAUUCUUGCUCUUCUUUCUCCUUAUGCAGAAUAG